AUGGAAUCGGAUCUUGGCAAGCUCUUCAUUGGAGGAAUAUCUUGGGACACAGACGAGGAACGUCUCAGGGAGUAUUUUGCGACAUAUGGGGAGGUGAUUGAGGCUGUGAUCAUGCGGGAUCGCGCAACGGGACGUGCUCGUGGUUUUGGUUUUGUUGUCUUUGCUGAUCCUGCUGUUGCUGAGAGAGUCAUUGUCGAUAAGCACAUAAUCGAUGGUCGCACUGUUGAAGCAAAAAAAGCUGUUCCUAGGGAUGAUCAGAACAAUAUAAACAGACAGACUGGUAGUGUACAAGGAUCGCCUGGUCCCGGACGUACAAAGAAGAUUUUUGUUGGAGGCUUACCGUCAACAAUCACCGAAAGUGAUUUCAAGAUGUAUUUUGAUCAAUUUGGUACGAUUACCGAUGUUGUUGUUAUGUAUGAUCACAAUACACAAAGGCCAAGAGGAUUUGGCUUCAUCACAUUUGAUUCAGAAGAAGCGGUGGAUAGAGUUCUUUAUAAAACAUUUCACGAACUCAAUGGAAAGAUGGUUGAAGUCAAAAGGGCGGUACCGAAAGAACUUUCCCCUGGUCCUACCCGAAGCCCAUUGAUAGGAGGAUAUAACUAUAGUUUGAAUAGUAGGGCAAGUAGCUACCUAAACAAUUAUGGUCAAGGUUAUAGUAUGAGUCCAAUAGGAGGAUAUGGAGUCAGAAUGGAUAGUAGGUUUAGUCCGCUUACUGGCGGUAGAACUGGUUUUACCCCUUUCGGCAAUACCGGUUAUGGAAUGGGGAUUAAUUUGGAUUCUGGAUUGAGCCCAAACUUUGGAGGGAACUCCAAUUUCGGGAACAAUUUAGGGUACGGUCGAAUAUUUAGUCCUUUCUAUAGCGGCAACUCAAGCAGAUAUGCUACUCCGAUAGGCUAUAAUGGGGGUAACGGAAGAGGUGAUUCUCUUAUGAACUCGACUUCUCGCAAUGUCUGGGGAAAUGGAGGACUGAGCAGUGCUAAUAACCCCGUUAGCCCCGGUGCGUUCUUGGGAUCUGGAAGUGGGGCUUUUGGUGUUUCAAUUGGAAACAGUGGCACAAACUGGGGUCCAUCCAUUCCAGCUCAGGGUGGAGGGGCUGCUUCCGGCUACGCUACCGGAAAUAAUGUUUAUGAAGGCGGAGAUAACAGCUUUGGAUUAGGUGCUGCAGGGUAUGGAAGAAACAGCAAUGCAGUUGUUAAUCCAUCCUCUACGUUUAAUGCAUCAGCUGGUGGUUAUGACGGAUCGUAUGGAGACUUAUACCGCAGUGGCAGCGGUUCGGUUUACAAUGACAAUGCUUGGAGAUCUGCCGCUUCUGAGAUAGACGGUUCUGGCUCGUUCAGUUACGGUCUUGGUAGUAUUGCAUCAGACGAUCCUGUGAAGACUUCUGAGGGCUAUAUCGGAAGCUACAAUGUUGCAAGUAGACAACCUAAUAGAGGAAUCGCUGCUUAG